AUGAAGCUCAAACCAUUCCAGAAGUGGGCCUCAGGCAUCAUUUCCAUCAAGCUGCUGUUGCAAGAACAACCAGCCACGAAAGAGCUGAUAAACAUUGAGUCAUUGUUAGACGAAGCAAGAGAAAGUGGUAAUUACCCACCAUUAUGGGAUAGUGUUCCUGACUCAUUGGAUGGCUUUGUUACCACCCAUAACAAAACUGUUAUUAAUCCUUGGAAUUAUCUAGAUCGGUUGGGAAUGUAUAAAAUACUACUGAAUGUUACAGCUAAGUAUAUGAAUAAUUUUGGACCCAGCAAUACAGGAAAUGUGUUGUGGGGUCUGCCUCUGCAACAUGGAUGGCAGUUUAAAACAGGUAGAUUAGCAGAUCCGUCCAAUGUGUCAUCUUGUGGCCAACAAACUGGUGAAUCACUGUGUAUCUCCACAACAAGUUGGUGGUCCUGCAUGAAUUAUUAUCUGGCCACAAUACCAUUUCUGGGAGCUGUUGAAGCAGGCUUCUUUGAUGAAUGGCCUUUUGAAAUACAAAUCUUGCCUCCUGAAGAGCACAUGGAUGAUUUUUGUUACAACACUGCAGACUGUCAUAAACUCAUCCCCGAUACAAUGGCUAAAUGGACAACAUUUUUUCAGUGUUUUUGUCCUACGAACUGGAUGACUUUUGUCAGCUCUAAAUUAACAUACGUUUCAGUUCCUGAAGCACAGUUUGGUGUCAGUUGGGGCAAUGCAGUAGAAUUCAUUGCUGCCACUCAUUUUCCCACAAAUUUUAAUCAAACCAAUAUCUUCCAAGUAUAUCUUCCUCAGCGAAUGUUAUUAGCCAGUGAUAAGCCACCAUCUAUUCCUGACCUGAGUAAAGAGGAGAACUGGGCCCUGACUGCACUUGACAUUUUAUAUGAAGGAAACAAAAUAACAGAUGGCUGGUUAUUGAAUUUUUGGAGGAGGUCUAUGUGCUCAGAAAAAGGGAGAGAAGAAGGUCGUUACCUGUUGGAAAAUGUUGUUUCAAAUCCUGCCCUAAUUUUACCUGGGAUACGUAAAAUCCUUCUGGAGUUCAUAAAGAAUUAUAACUGUGUUACAACUGAUGCUUAA